GUCGCAAGUCCGCCUUUGACGUCAUAUAGGUGGCAGUGCAGUCAGUUCUAAUUUCACUGGUUUCAGCCUACUCCCACUGUUCCUUGGGUAAACUCCCCGGGUUCCAGUUCUUUUAAACCGGCUACUGCCAGGGUCCUAAGUGGCCACUGAAAAGGAAAAAGGAACGUUCUGAGGCGUCGCUUACAUCCCUGCGCAUGUGCAGUGACCUGAGCCGCGAGUUCGGGGCGUGGUCUAAGCGUGGGGACUCCGCGCGUGCGCUCACCUCGCUUCUUGCGGUUGCUGCUGGGAGUCUCCUGGAGUAUGUCGGCCCCGUUUGAGGAGCGCAGCGGGGUGGUUCCGUGCGGAACGCCGUGGGGCCAGUGGUACCAGACCUUGGAGGAGGUGUUCAUUGAAGUUCAGGUGCCGCCAGGGACUCGUGCCCAGGACAUCCAGUGCGGCCUGCAGAGCCGGCAUGUGGCGCUGGCCGUGGGUGGUCGCGAGAUCCUUAAGGGCAAACUCUUUGAUUCUACAAUAGCUGAUGAGGGAACAUGGACUUUAGAGGACAGAAAAAUGGUCCGUAUUGUUCUUACAAAGACAAAGAGAGAUGCAGCAAAUUGUUGGACUUCUCUUCUAGAAUCUGAAUAUGCAGCUGAUCCUUGGGUGCAAGACCAAAUGCAGAGAAAACUUACUUUAGAAAGAUUCCAGAAAGAAAAUCCUGGGUUUGACUUCAGUGGAGCAGAAAUCUCAGGAAACUACUCUAAAGCCUUGGCACUUUUGAAGAUGACAAGCUAGUUUUGUACAAUCCCUCAUUCUGAGUUUUAUCUUAUAUUUCUUCUUGAUUAGAUUCAGGUUAUGCAUCUUUGGCAGGAGUGUUACAGAAGUAAUACCAUGUUCUUAUUGCAUCCUAUCAUGAGUUAGUAACUUUGAUUAGUCCUUUUUUCUGAUGGUAUUAGGUCACUGAAUAAGUGGGGUCUGCCAGUCUUAUCCACAGUAAAACUGUUCUUUUUAGGCUUAUAAUUAUUUUGUGGGAAAGUAGUUUCAGAAUACUACUUUGUUUUUCAUCAGACUUCCAACUAUAUCUAUAUGGACUCGUGAUUUGCUACUUUAUUCAGUGGGUUAAAUUCUAUUACUACCAUUACUGUGAUGCUCACAAUUUUUCUUGAUUUGGCCAGGGGAAGACCAUUCUAGGUGACUUCUUGACAUGUCCCAUCAUUAUUUGAGUAAUUUCUUACUCCCUGCGUGAGAUACACCAGGCUUAUGGUUUCCCUGCCCUAGGUCAAGAAAAAGCCAUGUUUUUUUGUUUUUUUUUUAAUGUACCCUGGUUCUUUUAAAUGGAGGAUGUUAUUUAGAAGCCAAGAUUGUGUGCUAGUGAGCAAUUGCUGUUGGUAUGUGUAUAUGUUGCUUAUAUGUAUCUGUAUUUCUAUAUGUAUGUUGAAAACCAUGAGUUCACACACUUUCAUAUUUAAUCCCAUGGGGUUCAUUUUUCUUUUCUCCCUUUCUAUAAAACAAUAACACCAAGAAGCCUGAUUCCUAUUAUCCUUAAUAUGUUUGGUUCCCUAUUCUAGGUCGUCUCUUCACAUGAAUUCCUUCUUUAUUCUUCUCAGGCUUCAACACCCUUCUCCAAGCAGGGAUGUCUUCAUCUGCUUGCACCUGAACAUAUCCCUUUGUGGACCAGUGCAGCCCACCCAUACCCUUUGUCAGAAUGUCUGCCUUGUUCACUUUACCCAGUUACUUUAGGAAUGAAUUGUUGGGGAAGAGGCUUUUUUCUUUUAAUUGGCUUCUUGACAUUUUAAAAAAAUCCUUUUUUGAAUAAACAGUAAAUUUAACUCUCC